ACUCGACUCGUUUGUUCCGCAGUGCGCGCUCACUGUCGAGUCCCGUGAACUCACACUGUCAAAAUAAGCCCAUUGUCUGAAGCGGCUGUCUAGAGCACUUUGUUAUUGCGCCCGGCGCGGAUACUUGAGCCUCACCCGGCCCUGCUGAGGUCCCCGUGUUGUGGGCGUGCCUUAUGCGGAGCUCACCAUGGCUCCCUAUGUCGGCUUCGACGUAGAGCAAGUGCGCGACAAAGCUCGAAAGGAUCUGCUAUACCUCCUGGAAGGUGUCCGCGGCAAGAAGAACCUCGUCCUCCAGCGCAGUCUGGCCGGACCCAUAAACACAGUGGUCAAGGUCUCUACACUCCAGGACUAUGGUGUCGACAAGUUCUUCUUCCUCGAGAACGACAAUGCCGACACGAGCCAACAGAGCAUCAUCUUCAUCGCCCGCGGAGAAUGCGCCCGACAUGCCCAAACCAUCGCCCAGCAGGUCAAGCGGCUACAGAGGGAGAGCCAGACUGGCCACGACUUCCACAUCUUCUGGGUCCCCCGACGAACCCUGGUAUCCGACACCCUCCUCGAGGAGGCUGGAGUUCUAGGCGAUAUCAGCAUAUCUGAGCUGCCGUUAGACUUCUUUCCGAUCGAGCGUGAUGUUCUGUCGCUGGAGCUAGACGAUGCGUUCCGCGAUUUGUACCUCAACCGAGAUACCACACCGGCAUUUCUGAUGGCGAAGGCUUUGAUGAGCUUGCAAGCAAAAUAUGGGCUGUUUCCCCGUAUCAUCGGCAAGGGCGACAAUGCGAAGCGGGUGGCCGAACUGCUGAGCCGAAUGCGACAAGAAAACCUGGCUGGAGAGAAUGCCAAAGACACAACGCGAGCAAAGCUCACACCAAGCAACAACACAGAAUCCAUAAUCAUCAUAGACCGCGAGGUCGACUCAGUCACACCUCUACUCACACAGCUGACGUACGAAGGCUUGAUCGACGAGGUUUGGGGCAUCGAGAACCACCAGGCAGAGGUUGACACGACAAUCGUUGGCCCGCCACCUCAGCAAGCCAACCAGGGUGCACCUGGCACACCUGGCACGAGCGCUCCGGCAUCGCGGAAACGAAAGAUCCAGCUGGAUUCUUCCGACAAGCUCUACGAUGGACUGCGCGACACGAAUUUUGCGAUUGUUGGCCUGCUAUUGAACAAAGUUGCCCGGCGACUGAAGACAGACUUUGAGAGCCGACACACCUCGAAAACAACGGCCGAGCUCAAGGAGUUCGUGCAAAAGCUCCCCGGUUAUCAGACAGAGCAGCAAAGCCUCAAAGUUCACACCGGCCUAGCGGAAGAGAUUAGAAAUCACACCAGAGCUGAGGAAUUCAGCAAGCUGCUUGAGGUCCAGCAGAACCUAGCGGCUGGUGCUGACCCGAGCUCGCAGAACGACAGGAUCGAAGAGCUGAUCGCACGAGGCAUACCCUUGCGUGAAGUCCUCAGACUACUCUGCAUCUACUCGAGCAUAGCUGGCGGCAUCAAGUCCAAGGAUUUUGAUCACUUCCGUCGUUUGAUCCUGCAAAGCUAUGGCUACCAGCACAUGCUGACAUUGCACAACCUCGAGAAGAUGCAGCUUUUCUUGUCGCGCGCUUCUCCUAUGGCAAGCAUGAUCCCAAUGCCGGGAUCCGGAGCAGCGGCCGGAAGCAAGACGAACUACACCUAUCUGCGCAAACAGCUCCGACUCAUUGUCGAUGAAGUGAACGAGAACGACCCGAACGACAUCGCAUACGUGUAUAGUGGGUAUGCUCCACUAUCAAUACGGCUGGUGCAAUGUGUGCUGCAGAAGCAGUAUUUGUCUACAAUGACAAAAGGCAAUGGUGCUCCGUCUGUGGCAGCACAAACAGGCAGCGCUCAAGGCUGGCGUGGGUUCGAUGAUGUUCUGAAGCACGCUAGGGGCCCGACGUUCGACGAGUCACAGAAGGGCGAAGACAAGGCCGUGAAAGCUCGAGCACUCCUGUCAGGCGGUGGAGAAAGGAAAACCGUCUUUGUGGUCUUUGUGGGUGGCAUUACCUUUACGGAAAUCGCGGCGCUCCGCUUCAUCGCCAAGCAGGAAGAAGGACGGCGUGACAUUAUAAUCUGCACGACAUCAAUCAUCAGCGGCAACAAGAUCAUGGAUGCUGCCACAGAGAAGGGAUCGUUCGCCCAUAAUGCUCCGACCAUCUCAACAACCGCCUAGUCCAUGACACCUCGCGACAGCCUCGUAUCGACCGAACGUAUAUGAACGCGAAAUCCGCGGGCUCGAAUCGAGACACUGCCUGUAGGAUUUACACAUAGGUUGUCGCUUUGCGCAAAUUAGGCUGCGCAUAUUGUAGACCGAGGGUGGGAUCGGGAUGAAUCGAAGUUGCAGUGUUGACGAUUGGCAAGGAUGAUGAUUCGUGCUUGCUUCUCGGCCAGAGGCUAUGAAUCGCAUUCUAGACGAAUAAAAUGACCGAGGCCGUUUCUCGAUGUGCCACAAGGUCCCGUUUGACUGAUUGCAGUGCUCGCAAAGCGCGUGGGUAGUGUAUGAAGCUUUCUGG